AUGGACAUAAAUUGCAUCAUCCAGUCAACAGAAAAUCUUCAUCUGAAUUCGAGUGAACAGAGCAGCAAAAAUCUAUGCAUCAGUGAUGAUGAUUUUAAAAAUACAGCUAAUUAUCUGCUAGGCGAUGAAUUUGAAAAAUCAUGGGAUACAAACAAGUUGAGUCUUCCUCCUAAAGCAUCGCCAUUAUUCUGCUACAAAGUCUGUAGUGAGCAAAGCUUGUCUGUGGGCGAUCAUGCUUUUGGUUUUCCUCCUCUUUCACGUAGCGACGUUAUGCCCGUACAGUUCACUCACCUCAAAUGUCUUACAAAAGGAAACUCGAAAACCGUUUAUCAAGCGACUUUAAAACUUAAGUCUGGAAAGACAUUGGAUUACCGUCCAGGUGAUAGCAUCUCCAUAUUACCUGAAAAUAAUGCACAAACUGUGGCGUGGUUGUUACAGCGUUUAACACUGGAUAGUCUACAUGAUGCCGAUACACUUUUCACUCAUGAAGUAAUAGCUACAAAGCAUAGAAGCCUCCCUGAAUGGUCUCAUUUUACUUGUCCACUUUCAUUACGAUAUUUGUUGACAUAUUGCUGUGAACUGUAUAUACCCGUAACACGUCGGAUUUUACGAUUGCUAGCAGAUUAUUGUUUUGAUGACAAUGUCAGCCCUGUCAGUGCAGAAAGACAACGUAACCGACUUUUUGAAUUCUCCAGUGCCGAAGGGAAGAAAAUGUUUGAAAAGUAUAUCCAAAUACCUGAUCUUAAUCUCUUGGAUAUUUUGUCUAUAUUUUCAUGUUGCCGACCAUCAUUUAUUCGAUUGUUGGAAAUUCUUCCAACACUUCAGCCACGUUCAUAUACACUCAUUAAUCCAGUUAAUAAACAAUUGUCUUGUGAACAAGAACUAUCUUUUAUUUUCACUAGAGUGGAUUUUAAAUAUCCUGAAAUUGAUAAGCAUGUAAGUCUUAUUGAUCGUUAUCCAUCACGACGUCAUGGCACUUGUACCGGUUGGCUUGAAAAAAUAUGGUUUGGAGUUAAUCAACCUGAUGACUAUCAGAAAGUUAAUUUCAACAAUGUCGAACCUCAGAUUAUAUAUAUAUAUUUACGUAAAAAUAUUACACAAUUUUAUUUACCAGAUAAUAUCUCCCAACCAGUUAUCAUGAUUGCUGCCGGAAGUGGAAUCGCACCAUUUAUUAGCUUUAUAAGACAACGUAAAAUCGAUAACCUUAAGGAAAAUACCUCUACUGGAGAUUUGUGGCUAAUCUAUGGUUGUCGUUCUCCAACGUCUAGUCUCCUAUUUGAAAAUGAACUAUCAGAUGCAGUAAAUUCUAAAGUAUUGAAACAUCUUUGCUUGUGUUUUUCAAGAGAUACUGUAAAUUCUCCGGAUGAAAAAUAUGCACUUAAAGAAAUUUCGUCAAUAUUAAUUGAACAAGCCUGUUUUCCGCUCAAAGCACAGUAUGUUCAAGAUUGUAUCCUUUGUAAACAUUCUACUGAUUAUGAGGUAUCCGAGCAUGAUAUUCAACUGAUGAAUCUUGUUUUCGAAAAAGGUGCUAAAAUAAUGAUUUGUGGAGGACCACGUGCUUUAGCUUUUGGAGUAUAUGAGUCGUGGCUGAGACUACUUGCUAUGCGACUUUAUUUUGAACGAACACAGAAAUGGUGUAAAUAUUCGGCCAUACCUGAAGAGGAUUUUAUAAAUGCUCGGGCAUAUGUAGAUAUAAUGCGUAAAGCAGAACGAUUUCAAGAAGAUGUAUGGGCUUAACAAAAAAAUCCUACUUAUGAUAUUUUUACUGUAAAUUAUUCGUCUAUUAAUAUUUCUUCUUUGCAUAUAUUCCAGUGUGUAUAAUGUUGUAUAUUAAACUGUAUCACUAAAACGUCCUUUUUCUACAACUUAAAC